AUCUCAAACCUUUGUCAACUUGCAAUGGUUGCACUCGUAGCACACAACAACAACCAAGUACCCGCGUUCCCCUACACCCUCUUACCACCACCACCACACGCUUCCUCCUCCACAUCAUCACCUCAUUACUACGGAUCAUCCUCAUCAUCAAGUUAUAGAUCCGCUUCAACUUCAGACCCCUCUAGGCGUCGACAUGUUCUCGCUCAACAUCGAUCGAGACGACUUUCAGCCAUCUCCGGUGGUCUCGGCACCGGCCUCGGUGCCGGGAUGGCGUAUCAUAUGACUCCUCCUCCCAGUCUUACCACCAGUGAUGGUUUCUCUAGCGAUGAAGAAGACGAGUUGGACGAUCAGUAUGCUGCUUCGUCGUCCCGAAGACGAUCCAUCGACUCUGAACGAUCCUUUGGAUCUUCUCAUCGUCGUAGUUCUUCCAUCUCUUCUACCCGCACUCCAACUUCCUCUUCAACCGCGUGGUUCAAUCAAUCAUCAUGCAAUUCCUUGUUCCCUUCUUAUUCCCCUCCAGAUCCUUCGUCCCCUUUUACCGAAGAUUAUCAUUACAUGCAUCAAGGAUGCCAACAGGAGGAUGAAAUCUUGUACGAGGAUGAUGGGAAGAACAAGUAUCGAGGUGUGAGGAUAUUCCGUCGCCGCGGUGGGUCGAUAUCGUCAGAAUUGAGCCGGGUGGAGUCGAGAUCCGAGUAUGAUGAAGAUGACUAUCGGCAGUCUCAUUCGUCAGCGAGCUGCUGGGACUCUCUUUCGGUCCGUGUUCAUCUGGGGGUGUACCGUGCAAAGAAACGGAUUGCGAACAAGUUGAUGCCUUCGAGCGGUGCAAAGGGUCAAUAACCCUAAAAAAU